GCCGCGGACCCUUUAAGAAAGCUCCGCCCGCGCGCUCGCACGCGGGUGACGUCACGACGGGCGACCAAUAGGGUUGCUCGUUGCUGGCAGGAGGGCCGGACCCCGCGGGCCUGGGGGAGGAGCGUCGGGGCCGGGCCGGGGCCGUGGCCAUGGGCUGGGAGCGGAGCCCGCGGCCGCCCGAGGCCGGACGCGAGCCGGAGCCGCAGCCGGAGGCGCCGAGGGAGCCGAGCGGCUGAGCGGUCCCCGGAGCGCCCCCCCCGGCCGGGCCGCGCUGGAGCCCGGCGGCUGCUGCUCGGCCCCCGGCGGCCCCCUCACGCCGCCCAAGAAGAUGAAGAAGCGCAAGGAGCUGAACGCGCUCAUUGGCCUGGGCCCCGGGGACGGGCGCGGCCGCAGCCGCCGCAGCCGCCGGGCCUGGAGGGGCGCCGCGGGCCACCGGCUGCUGCGCACCGAGCCGCCCGCCUCAGGCUCCGCGUCCAGCUCGGAGGACGAGGACGAGGACGACGAGGACGAGGACGAGCGCGGCGGCGGCGGCGGCGGAGGGAGCGCCCGCGCGCGCUUCGCCAGAGGGGACUAUUUCCGCUGCUGCAAGGUCUGCUACCCCCUGUGCGCCUUCGUGAUCCUGGCCGCCUGCGUGGUGGCCUGCGUGGGCCUGGUGUGGAUGCAGGUGGCCCUUAAGGAGGACCUGGACGCCCUCAAAGACCAGUUCCGAAGCCUGGAAUCUAAUCAGAAAAGCUCAUUCCAAGAGAUCCCCAAACUAAAUGAAGAACUCCUCCGCAAACAAAAGCAGCUGGAGAAGAUUGAAUCUGGAGACCUGGGCUUGAGCAAAGUCUGGAUAAACAUCACAGAAAUGACCAAACAGAUUGCUUCAUUGACUUCUACAGUGAACCACCUCAAAGCUAACAUCAAAUCGGCUUCAGAUUUGAUCAGCCUGCCUGCCACUGUCGAAGGCCUUCAGAAGAGUGUGGCCUCUAUUGGGAGCACCUUAAACAGUGUUCGUCUGGCUGUGGAGGCCGUACAGAAAACAGUGGAUGAGCACAAGAAAACCAUCGAGACCCUGCAGAGUGACCUGAUCCAACACCUUGCGAAAGAGAGUGGGACAGUCACUCCAUCACCCUCUGCGGCCCCCGACCUGGGCAGGAAAAACCUGAGAGAGGGCUUGCAGCAGGACGUGCUCCACCUUCAGAGCUCCUUAGAAGAGGUCAGCAGUUCCCUCGUGGGGUAUCAGAGACAGAAUGACCUCAAGCUUCUGGGGAUGGAUGGGACAGUCAGGAAUCUGACCCAGAGAGUCAGCUCGGUAGAAAGCGGCCUGGCAGCUCUGAACAAGUUAGGGAAGAGAGACAACCUGUCCUUCACCAUGAUGACUGAUGGAGCUUCUUCUCUGAAAAAAGACUCUCAUAAGACAGAUGGGGAACAAGCUCAGAUCCUAAAGAAAGAAGAAAGUUCAGUCUCCAAACUGAGGGAGAAGCUCCAGCUGAUCACUGCUCUCACAAGCAAGCCGGAGGCCUUCAAAGAAGAGAAAAAGCAGAGUGCUGCUUCAGAGCCAGCGACGUUCCCCAGAAUUUCCCCACGAUCCCUUGGAAACCAGGUAGAGGCGGCUAAACACCUGAAACCUGUCAUCCCAGAAAUUUCCAGCCUGGCAGAUCUCCUGGAUUUGUUCCAAAGGACGGGCCAGGGGCCUGAGGGAAAGCUGUCCUACCAGGAUCUCUGGAACCUGCUUGGCUCUGCCCUCCCAUCUGCCCAGAGCAUGGCAGAGUUUGAUGUGGACAGAGACGGGACAUACUCCUUUCCAGAGCUGAGACUGGCUUUAGGCAUUGAGCACAUGGAGCAGAACUAGAAUUGGGAGCCCAGCCCCGGUCUUCAGCUAGCCAUCGCCUGCCGCGUCAGCCCUCCCUCAGCCCAGCAGUCCCCACAUCUUGAAAGCUGCAUAGCACUCCUCAUUUGGAGAGUCUAGAUAACGGUUAUUUUUUUAAAGAGGAGAACAUUUCCUUCUGGAAAGUAACUGCUUUCAGGGCACCCACAGGAACGUCGCUUUUGAAACGCCCGCCAAUCCAGAGAGUCCUCCUAACUCCGGUCCCUCUCGAGAGGCAAGACCAUGUCUUUAAACUGAACACGGUGUACAUAGAGAGAAACCCCUAUUUUCUAUUUUACAUAAAUUUGCCUUAAAUUAGCUGCACUUUAUAGAAACCCAGAAAAAUCUUGUCUUUUUCUGUCCGAGAGAGGCCUUUUCCAAGCAUUUGUCAGUAAUUGACAUUGAAUGGGGAAUUAUGUGCACUGGGGAGACGUGAGAAAACGGUUCUGAAUCGGCCACUAGUGUCCAGACCCUUCGUGCAGGACCCAGGCGGGAGAGCUGCUGCCUCCCCGGGGUUUUCUCACUAAGCUGUCACCCUGCUCCCAUCCCCAUCCUGACCAACGGGUCAGAAAAAGGGCCUUGUGGGCCCCUCCAACCUCGUUGGAGGCUCUUCAGGUUGUUGAGCUUAGCUAAAGUGUUUGCAGGAAAGGAUGGUGUGAAACCCUGGAGCCCACCUUUUGUGGCUUCUCCUCUUCCUGAGAUGUUGCCUUCCCCUCCCUGCCUGCCCCCUCCUCCCGCCAAUGGGAUGGACACAGACUCAUCCCCUCUGGGUGGUCUCUGCCUGGUCAUUGGGGCCAUUCUGGGGGGCGGGCCACCUCUCAUCUGCCGGCGGCCAGUGUCAGAGCCUCCCCCGGGAGGUUUCCAUGGGCAACAAAGUGAAAAUGAAAUGUCAGACGUGCCGGGCCCUUGCAUGAGACAAGAGGCCAGAAACCCCCGGAAUCUUAGCAAGUGCAAUAGCUUUCCUUCUUCCCCCCCAGUGGGGCUGGUGGUAGGUGUUUGGGGCAGUCAGUUCCAGCCGCAUCUGCCACGUCCCGAAGCAUCUGAGGAGGAAGCAUCUGCAGAGUCAUCUGUGGGGACAGGGAGACCGGAGAAGUCGUGGGGCAAAUGCCUUUAUUUAGAGGGUUUGGGUGUUGGCCCCUUGGCAGCCUGGCAGUAAAGCAUUGCCCCUGCUUGGGUGGGGGCUGUUCUUUGGCGCGAUCCUUAAGUUAGAUUCACAAAGCCCCUGUCGAGGCAGGUAAAGGUCGGCUGGGGACAGGCGGGCCAGUGCCCCGGGAAUGUGUCCGGUCUGUGCGACGGAGGCUACUCCCUGCAUCCCCCUUCCGGCCACAUCAUUUCCCAGCAGGGGGACGUGAUCCGCUGACCACUGUCCUGGCCUUGCCUGUGACCCUCUUUGGUACACCUGUCCCUAUGAAUACUCUAACAACCAAAUAAAAUUCUAGCAAUAAAACUGACCACUCUUAAGAGCUGUAUAUAUUGUCCAGUGAGGCUUAUGUCUACGCCUGUGAGAGUUUUUUUUGGUUUGAAUUUUUUUUUUUUUGAAAAUUGAUUUCCAUGAAACAGCUAAGGCUUCAGAGCAGUUCGGAGAUCUUGGAGAGCCUUUGGGCUGUUUUAGUUUAAAAGUGCGUUUCUUCUUGAGUUUGGCUCAGGCGCUUACCCAGGAGGAAUCCCAUUGGCAUGGGCUAGGCCAGGGCCAGCCAGGUCGUGAGUCUGUCUUUGCUGGCCAACUCCCAGGGGUCCCAGGGUCGAAUCACCUGCCUGACUCCCUGAAGCACAACGCACUGACUGGCGGUGCUGCCUGGGCACCCAAGGCCCGAGUGACCACCUCCUCCAGGCCCAGCAGCAUAGGAUGGCCCUCAAGGGAUGGCUUUCUCUGGCCCCGUGCAGCCAACCCCGCCGGGCUCCCCAGUCAUUUUGCCUGCUCUCUGUGGCUCCCGCUCUAACUCCUGGGGCUGUUUCUUGCUUUUGGACCCGGUUGUGGGGACGGGGGUUGGCCAGGGAGCUCCCCAGGUUCUUUCCCAAAACUGGCCGGCAGCUUCCAAUCUUCGGAGUGAGGAGAGGUUGGGACGGGGCAUCAGAGGGAGGUGUAAUGAGACCCUAAGGGAGAGAGGAUCCCUUCUUCAUUAGUUGUGAUUUAGCCCCUCCCAGUCCAGGGUCAGAGCAUCUGUGCCUAAGGACUGAAUCAGGAGCUGAACUCCCCCAUCGCUCCUUUGUCCCUCUUCUCUCCCUCCUAAUUUCUGUCUCUUUGUCUAUCUCUGAAUCUCCCUUUCUCUCCCCCUAUUUCUCCAUCUCUCUCCCUUUCUCUCUUCUCCCCCUGACCCGUCUCUCUCUGUCUCUCCCACCCUUCACCUUGAGAUGCUCCCUUACUCUCCUGUUGGAACUACAUUUGGUAGAGCAUUAGCCAUCUUGUCCUUGGUUAUCUACCUUGUCACUGUCUCAUCCUGAGGCAACAGGUGGAUCUGUCCUGUCCUGGGACCCGAUUGGUCCACACCCAGAGAGGGGCUGGAUGUCUUCUGCCUGUGGAGUAGCCUGGGUCCCCAUCCCUGAGAGAAGCUUUGCACUUUAACAUGUAACAAGUUUGAAUUUCUCUAAAUAAAACAUUUCCUCUUUUUUUCUGA